AUGUCAGCUCGCAACCAAGAAGCUCCUGACUUCAAUCCUCCUACCAACAACGUGGUCGACCACCAGCGUGUUUUCAAUUGCCUCGUCGAAGCUGUAAACUACAUCCAUGCUUCUAUGCAACUCCUCUAUGGCCCAAGAAUUUUCACUCCUCUACAACCACCGACUGUCAAUUCUCCCAGACCAGGGCCGACUUUCAAUCCACACGCACCUGAAUUUCAGCCCCCCACGACAUUUCCUGUACCUAACACUUCAGCAACUGCCUCCCAGGGUCCCCGAAGUAUUGCAGGACGCAACGUAACUUCGUCACAAGCCAGAAGGAAUUCCACUCAUCCUCACACACGUACAGCCUUCGCUGAUGCCUUUGGACCCACCCCAGACACUGUCUCCAGACUUCAAGACUCUCUGUUGAACACCCCUGUGGCCACAGAACUCUAUGUGCCUUCUAGAAACCCGUCUGAAAAGCCAUGGAUGAACACGGAGACUGGCGAAAGACCGCACUACACGAGUAUCAAACUUCCUGGGCUGCAAGAUGGGUUGAUAGACGCCACGAUCAUGCGUGGUCCUGGGGACCCGGCGGCAGUACGAGCUGAAGACGUACGUAGUGAUACCGAGAAGGAAGCUCUAGUGCGGGAGUCUGAGUUGGCUGAGAGUAUGGAUGCGGAAAUGGAUAUCGAUGACUCGAUGUCAAGGGUGAGAUAUCAGCGUCGUGGAGGCUCGAUAAGGAGGGGCAGUGUGGUACGUCGCAACCAGGCUGCUUUGGCGCAGCACGAUGCAGACAUUGCUAGAGGCUUCAGCUCGACCGGGAGUACGUCAGAUCCACAGCCUACGGAGGGCUACCGGCCUACUGCUCAGCCAGAUGAUAGUCAAGCAGACGAGGAAGAUCCAAACCCAGACACAAAUGGGGGAACUGAAAACCAACCCACUGGCAUACGAGGCGGCAGCGGCGAAGAAGUCAAAAAGCAACAAGCCAUCUUCAAACCUUUCGAUCUCGACGCAGACUUUGACGAAAUGCUCAACACCAAGCCUAUGCCACAAAGUGCUGCAGACGUAGAGCUCCACCCUCAAUACUCAGACGAACGAGCAGAACUUCUCCGAAAGACUGACGACCUCCCUGUCGUGGCGAUCUUUCGCGACGAGAUCGAGCGAGAAGGUAUCGCGCGUGGCUUUGAGAGACCCGACGCAAACGUGCAGAAGUGGCAUGAGUUGGUGCGGUGGUACCAGACUCGCGCGACUAGUGAGCUGCAACGAGAGAUGAAGUUGAUCGUGCAGAAUAAGCAAGUCUUCUAUGGGAUGUUGAGGGAGAGAGAUGCUGAAGCUUUUGGGGUGACUGCUAGGAAGAAGAGGGAGGCGGAAGAGGCUGCGCUUGAGGAGCAUGUGAAGAAAUCUUGGGACGAUGUUGGAAAAGCAGCUUGGGGGUUAAGUUCGUCUGGAGGCUCUUAA